AUGAAAAUUCUUUCUUGGAACUGUCAAGGUAUAGGUAACCCUCAUACCCGUGAUUAUCUUCAUUUCUGUUUGACCAACAAUGACCCAGAUAUUUUUUUCUUGUGUGAAACCAAAGCUCAGUCUAAUAAUAUGAGAUUUUAUCUUUCUCAAACUAAAUAUCCUCAUUACUGGUUUCAUCCCUCUUUGGGUCUCUCUGGAGGUAUCUCUCUUGUCUGGAAAAAUGGAAUAGAUAUUGAAAUCAUGCAUACAACCUCUAAAACUAUCCAUGCUAUUGUCCAUACUCAUGAUAAUAAUAUGGAUUUCUUGAUAACCUUCAUGUAUGGUGCUCAUGAUGCUACAGAAAAUGUUAACCAGUGGCAAUAUCUUAUUAAUAUGCAUUUGUUUGUUGAUCUUCCUUGGGUUCUUCUGGGUGAUUUAAACUUCACCAUGCAUGACUCGGAAACGCAUAGCUCUAGUGUCACUCAUCCUCAUCAUGCUAGACAUGUUAGAAAUUUUGUUCAGCAACUAGGUCUCAUUGACUUAGGUUACUCAGGAGCUGACACAACUUGGUCAAAUCAUCGUAGUGGAGAUGAUGAUGUCUCUGCUCGUCUAGAUAUAGCUUUAGUGAAUAAUCGCUGGAUCAACCACUACACGAAUGCCCAUCUUCAAUAUUUAGUACUUGUUGCUUCGGAUCACAACCCGAUUUUGCUACAUACAGUUCCCUAUGCUACAAAGCAUUCUCCUUUUAAACUCUAUAAGUGUUGGUUUAAAAUGGAUUCUUGUACUGAUACUAUUGCACGCAGCUGGCAACAACAAUUUUCGGGGUCUCCUUCGUUUCAGUUUUCUAGCAAAUUAAAACUGACCAGAACUCAGCUGCAGAUGUGGAAACGAAUUUCUUUUGGCAACAUCGAAAAUAACCUUCAAAAUAUUCAGAAUCAGCUACAAUUUUGCUAUGACCGCAAUUUGUCUUCUUCUCAUCCUCAGGUUAAACAUCUAAGCUCUUCCUUGCAGCAAUGGCUUUUGAUUCAAAAAGAGUUCUUCAUGCAAAAAGCAGGUGAUAAAUUUCUUGAAGCAGAUGGAAACACUACUUAUUUUCACUCGAUAGUUAAUUACAAUAAGAGAAGGUCAACUAUCAAUUCUAUCCAGGGUCCCUUAGGCAUUUGGUUUGAUAGCAGAAGUGAUAUUGAAGCUAUCUUUACUAACCGUUUUAAGAAUAUUGCUACUUCUUCUAAGUCUCAGAUUAAUAACGAGAUUUUGCAGCUUUUUCAACCUUGUGUUUCAGAAAUACAGAACAAUUGCCUUAUCCAGGUGCCUCAUGCUCAAGAAAUAAAGGAUGUGGUAUUUCAAAUCAAGCCUUGGGCUUCUCCGGUUAAUGAUGGGUUCCAAGCUGGAUUUUAUCAACAUUGUUGGGAUGUUGUCGGCACUGAGGUAAUCUCCAUGGUUCAAUACUUUUUCACUCAUAAACAUAUGCUCAAAGCCAUCAAUCAUACCUAUCAGGUUUUAAUCCCUAAAAUUUCAAACCCAAAAACACCUGCUGAUUACAGACCCAUAAGUCUGUGCAAUGUUAUCUAUACAAUUAUUUCUAAAAUUUUAGCUAACCGUCUUAAACCCCUUCUUCCUGAUAUUAUCUCCCCUACUCAAAAUGCCUUUGUUGCAGGAAGACAUAUCCAUGACAAUAUCAUUAUUGCUCAUGAGAUUUUGUUUAGUAUGAAACGUAAAAAGAUUAAGAAGGCUUUGGUUGGUUUGAAGUUAGACAUGUCGAAAGCUUUCGACAGGGUUGAAUGGUCAUUUUUGCUUUCUAUCUUUCGGCAAUUGGGUUUUCAUAAUGAUUGGAUUAGUUUAAUAGAGCAGUGUAUAUCUACUUCAAAUAUUUCCAUUCUUAUCAAUGGCAGUCCUUCAACUUUUUCUCCGACUCGGGGUAUUCGUCAAGGAGACCCGUUGUCUCCUUUUUUAAUUCUUUUUGUCAUGGAAGCUUUUUCUAGACUUCUGCAGCUUAAUGUUGACUCUGGUUGUCUUUCAGGGAUUAGAAUUAAUCAUCACUGCCCUUCAAUUAAUCAUCUGUUCUUCGCAGAUGAUUGUUUGUUAUUUUUUGAAGCUGAUUCUACUCAAAUGCAGCAGCUUCAACACUUGCUUCAUAUAUUUGGAAAAGCUUCAGUUAUGGGACUUGGCGAAAAAUACUUGGGUAUACCUCUUCUGCUGCAUAGAUCCAGACAUAAGAACUGUCAGGGUGUUAUUGAUAACAUGAAUAAUAGAUUGAAGGGUUGGCAGAGCAAAAUUGUGAAUCAAGCAGGAAGAACUACUCAGGUUUUCAAACUACCUGAAGACUGGGGUGAUUUGAAUACUUAUAACUAUCAGUUGGUUUCUGAUCUUAUAGAUACUGAUACUGAACAGUGGAAUGUGUCGCUUCUUCGCCUUCUCUUUACAGCUGAUCAGUUGAAAGUACCUUACAAGUUUCAGAUUUUUCUGUGGAGAGCUAUUCACAAUGCUGUUCCAGUCAAAGCAAGAAUUUUCACCCAUGUGCAUAAUGCUGAUUUACACUGUGUGCUUUGCAACCACAAUCAAAUGGAAGAUCUGGACCAUCUAUUACUUCAUUGCCCUCUCUCUAGGGUCACUUCAUACAUUCUCCAGCAUCAUCUAGGAAGCACUCCUGCUAACUACAAUCAUCCUCAUGUUCAUAAUAAGUUUUUACAUCAUAAAUGGGAACCUCCUCCUUUGCAGUACCUAAAAAUUAAUAUCGAUGCUUCUUAUAAUUCUAGUUCUUUGUUAGCUGGUAUUGGAAUUAUAAUUCGGAACUCUACAGGGGCAUAUGUCAUGGGAAGGGGAGCCUUGAGAAGAGCUAGUAAUGCUCAACAAGCCGAAGCAUGGGCAAUGUUGGAGGCUAUGCAACUGGCAGAUUCAAAUGGUUGGUCUCAUGUGAUUUUUGAAUCUGAUAAUCUGGGAAUUUGUUAUUUUCUUCAACAACAAUCUUCUCUUUGUCACUGA